CUCACUUCACAGGCUGUCACUUCCGACCCAUGACUGGAACUUGCUGAAACCCUCGAGGACUCUGUCGCCUCGUCUUCUUCUAGCUCCCGACCACUCCAGAAGCUCAGAGAAGCAUCCUCUGAAUCAUUGCUCUCGACUUGGCCUUCUCGCAAAGACGAGCCCUUUCGCUUCACCGACCUCUCAUUCAUCAGGUACUCAGAAAUCCGCCCUGUUUCUCACCUUCCGGGCCCCUCAUGCUUGUCGGCCAUCUCCGUGAAUACUCAAUUUCCGUAUCUUGGAAUCGUUGAUGGCCACAUCGUAAAAUCAAUGUCCAAUUUGUUCGGAUUGCCAGAAGGAGUUUAUGUUGGCAGUUUGUCGGAACUCACUUCCGCGAGCAUAAUGGAUAGGAUCUCGGAAAUUGUUUGUGGGCUGAAUGAUGGAGACUUGUUUUGGUCUAUCAAUGGAAUAGGGGCUCCUGAUGUGACAGUAGUUUAUGUUCCGGAGGGGUGCCGCGUGGAAAAUCCGGUUCAUUUGGCGUACUUUUCAUUUGAGGCCAGCAACGAAGGUUCGAAUGCAAUGCACGUUUCAAAUCCAAGAGUGCUUGUAUUGGUGGAGAAGGGAGGAGAGAUUGAUAUAAUCGAGGAAUUUUCCGCCGAAAACGCGAAUCAAUGUUAUUGGGCAAAUUCUGCUUUGGAGAUGGUCAUUAGAGAAGGUGGAAAGGUGAGGCAUUCAUAUAUUCAGAGUCAAUCAUUGGGUGCAGCUCAUAUAAAAUGGACCUCAGUCCAGCAGGAAUCAUCUAGUACAUAUGAGUUGGUUGAGGUAAGCUCGGGAGGAAAGCUUGGCAGGCAUAACCUUCAUAUCCAGCAGUUGGGCCCGAACACAGUGACAGAAUUAUCUACAUUACACUUGUCUGUUGACGACCAAACCCAGGAUCUGCACAGUAGACUUGUCUUGGACCACCCACGAGGUUAUUCCCGUCAACUUCACAAGUGCAUCGUGACUCAUUCACAGGGGCAAGCAGUAUUUGAUGGGAAUAUAAAGGUUAACAGGUAUGCUCAGCAGACAGAUGCGGGGCAGUUGACAAGAAGCCUCCUUCUUGAACCUCGGGCAACUGUAAACGUCAAACCAAAUCUCCAAAUUGUGGCCGAUGAUGUCAAAUGCUCUCAUGGAGCAGCAAUAAGUGACCUAGAAGAAAGCCAACUUUUUUAUUUUCAAGCUCGUGGUGUUGACACAAACACAGCUAGGAAAAUUCUAGUUCUUGCCUUUGGAGGGGAGAUUAUAAAUAAGUUGCCUUAUCCUUCUAUUAGAGAGAGUGUACAACGGCAGAUUAAGCAAUUAUUGGAUCCAGCUCCCAAUUGAUCAUCAUGGUGAGCUGUAUACCGAAUGUAAACAUUAUCCUAUAUUUUUUAAUCCCCGAGUGUCAUCUGGUUAAGAAAUUUAAAUUGAAACAAUUAUUUUUUGUGACCAUCUUUUUCCCUUCCUUUGGGGGCCUCGCAUUAUUUCUAUGUUAUCUCUCUGCUUGCACAAGAAUGAAAUCAUAUUUUAUAUGGAAAA